AAUAGAUAUACUUAACACCACCUAACUUGAGAUUUAUUUUCUCCGUGCAAAAUAUAUUUACUCCUACUUAUCCUUUAUUCUUUUCUAGAUCUUUCGGUGCUAAUUAAGUCUAGAAAAUUCUUGCCCACAACAAUUGGGAAAUGGAGUACCUAACAAAGAAUAAGAGGAAUACUAACAAAGAAUAAGAGGAAUACAAUCAGUGCUAAUUAACCCAUUCGAUAAAUAUGCAAAGAUAAAAACAGAGAGAUGUUUGGUCGGUGCAUGAGGAGCAUUGUAGCGAGCGAGUGAGUAGGACGGGUUCGUCGGGAGUGGCAGUUAUUUAGUUAGAGCGCUAGCUGUAAGAGAUCCAAAUCGUCGGGCUUGGCGCGCCCGUCAACGUACGUAACCAACCGCCUCAACCCACUCCCGUCCUCUCCCCUCCCCACCCCGCCGCCUAUUUCUUGACUCCCAUAUAUCGACGGCGCCGCCCCAUCCGUCCGUCGCCGGCGCCGGUACUCCCCCCUCCUCCCUUCUUGACAAAGUGCAGAUGCACUGCGCUGGUAGAUGAAUGAGGAGCACUGCCAUCCUGCGCGGUCGCCGGCGUCGACGACACCAUGGACAACCACCUCACCUACGCCUGCAACAACUGCCUCACCGAGCGCGCCGUCGUCUUCUGCCCAUCCGACGGCGCCAGGCUCUGCCUCGAGUGCGACGGCGCAGUGCACGGCGCCAGCGCGCUGGCCGGCCUCCACGCGCGCGCGCCGCUCUGCGACGCGUGCGGCGCCGCGCCCGCCGCGAUCCGCUGCGGCCAGGCCACGCUUUGCGCGGAAUGCGCGGAUCGCCGAGGGCCGCCAGAGGGAACGUACGCCAGGUCGGCCAUCGAGGAGUACACGGGGUGCCCCACGCCGUCGGAGAUCCUCCGCAUCCUCUCCGUCGAGGCGCCGUCGUCGCAGGAGGACUUCGACCAGUGGCUCGCCGACAAGCUGCCCCAGAUCCUGGAAGAGGUUCAAGAUGGACCUCAGAUGUGCGAUGGAAAUGGAACCGCGAGUACAACAAUUGUAGGAGAAAGAGGCAGCUUCGGCUGUGAUGAUUGGAAUAAUGCUUGUUCAACUACCUGUGCUCCACCUUGUCCUGGGCUUGAGAGUACUAAUGGAGUAUUUGUUGAUCAUCAGUCAGCCACGCCUUCAGCGAAUUUACUCGCUUUUGAGCAGCAGCAGCCACCGUCGAUCUGCCACUUUUUCUCAUCAUCAUAUUCAUCUUAUAAUACAACAUCAUCAUCAUGCCAGCCAGUAAUGACAUCGGCUACUCUUCUGCAAUCCAUGGGCAACGAUCAUCAUCAGUCCCUGCUUCUCGACGGCUUCCCUAAUUUCUGUCCUAACUUGCCCUUAAUUGCGCCACCACCACCGACGGAGAACGCUGAUUUGCAUGACGGCAGCCAGCCACAGCAGAUGUUAGUUGCGGAUGAGAAGGCAGCAGCUCAUCAACAAGAUCCAAACAGCAUAUCCAAGAAGCGAGAGGAAAGGGACAGAGCCAAGCUCAGGUACAACGAAAAGAAGAAAAACAGAAAGUUCUGCAAGCAGAUCAUGUACGCCUCCCGCAAAGCGAGAGCGGACACGCGGAAGAGAGUCAAGGGUAGAUUCGCGAAGGCUACCAAUGAACACCAACACAUACUCCACUCAGAUGCAUCAUAAAUUCAGAGUUGAUGCGAUCAAUUUUGCCGUUCUUUUUUCACUUUCUUAUAUUCGUUCUGCAUAUAGGGAGAGCAUAUAUACACAAAAUCAAACAUUUUUUGUCACCACUUCAUUUUUUUCCACUGUAAAUAAUGUCUCAACACAUUAUAGUGAAUCAUGCUAGGUAGAAUACUCUUCUCCACACCCCACAAAUACAUACCUCUCAAAUUGUGGAGAAGGAUGUUGCACCUUAGAUCUUAGGACUUUUUUCAAUUUAUUUAUCUUUCAUGUUUUUUUUUGGCCUUUCUUCUUUCAUUUUUGAUAGUUUCGGGCUCGUUCAUCUAGAGAGAUAGUUUUUGGACACAUUCUAUUUAGAGGUAGUUUUGGGACACUCUGAUACCUCCAGCGUUAAUAAGUCAGCCCUUGUAUGUGUACAUACAUUCAGUUUUUGGUAAGGGUAAAUAAAGUCACGAUUUUUUCCAACUGUUCUCCGAUGUACGAAAAUUUAUGAAUAUAUUCUUUCAAACUUUUGGGGAGAAUGCCCAGCACCUUUUCA